UAAGCGCUCGUGUGACAAGGAUUGGACUAUGUAAGAUGUCUGCGCCUCCGAAGCCUUGGGAAAGUCCGGGAGUAAACAGACUUCAAGGAUCGCUCAGUGUACCCACAAACAGCAUGUCAGGAACAGGAGCUUCACUCCCACCAUGUUGUACUGGGCAAGCAACACCUGGAGGCAGAGAACCACCACCACUUCCUGGCAGACCUUCCCAACAGGGCAUGUAUGGCAACCGCAUGUCCAAUUUCUCCGGGUAUGGUGGAGGAUAUGGUGGUGGUGGAGGAUAUGGUGGAGGAUAUGGUGGCAUGGGGUAUGGGUCCUCCUACACAAGUCCAUACAGUAGUCUAGGUGGAGGCAUGUAUGGUAGCUCUAUGGGUGGAUAUGGCAUGGGCUAUAACAGAUAUGGGAUGAACGGACCUGAAGAUCAGUACAAUGGGUUUGCCAGACAGGCCGAGGAGAACUCACGACAAGCCUUUCAGUCUGUUGAGAGUAUUGUAAAUGCAUUUACAUCUGUCAGCAUGAUGUUGGACUCAACAUUUCAGGCAGUGUACAAUUCCUUCCGAGCAGUUAUUGGGGUGGCGGACAAUUUUUCAAGACUAAAAAUGCAAUUAGGACAAGUGUUUUCAGCACUGGCUAUAUUUCGAAUGAUCCGAUACUUGUACAGGAAGUUGUUGGUAUUGCUGCGCCUCCGACCAGCAGGAUAUGCUGAGGAAGCUUGGACACAAGCUGCAGACUCUGUAGAACAGCUUUCAGCGGAAGCUGCAAAAGAUCCAAAGAAAUCUACGUGGCCAAUCCUUGUGUUUUUUGGAAUCAUUCUCGGUGCACCUUGGCUGAUAUGGAAAUUUAUCAACAGAAUGGCAGAUCCUUCUCCAGAGAAAAACUGGGCAUCAGGUGAAGAGGAUCACUUUGUGGCCCGAGCCGAGUUUGACUUCAAGGCUGAUUCAAGCAAUGAGCUGUCCUUCAGUGCCGGACAAAACAUCAAUGUUGCCCCAAAAGAACUGCAGCCAAGAAUGAAAGGUUGGUUGUUGGCUAGUAUUGAUGGAAAGAAAAUUGGUGUCAUUCCUGCUAAUUAUGUGAAAGUGUUAGGCAAGAAGAGAGGUACCAGGUAUACACUGGCAGCGAAUCUGGAGAACACCACCCCUCCGAUGAAUCCAGCAGCAACGCCUGCUCCCGAGAGUGCUCCGCAACAAGAAAAGUCCUGUUGCCAUGGAGCUAGUAAAUCUGUGACCAUGUUAGAGAGUUUACCAGAGAAUGAAUCCCUGGAGAAUGUCUUUGAGAGUAACCAAGGAAACAUGCCAGGCGCUGACUUGAGUGGCAGUAACAACGCCAUCAUUGAUAUGGAUGCUGGGGACAUUUUGGGUGGGAAUUCAAGUAAUCUGGAGUAAAUUUUCAAAUAAGCUGACAGUGUCAAAGUUUUACAACUGUACAGUUUUAAAACAAAUGAAUUGAAAGUCUUUCAUUGCUAUACUGUAGAUUUUUGUUUUGUUUCAUAUAUACGGAUAUCUGUGAUUUAAAGGCGUGGAUAUAUUUUCAGAAAUUACAUAUCUCCAAAUCCUUUACAAAAAGCAAUCUGGGAAAAUAGAUUCCCUUUUGAAUACAGUAGUAGCAACAUAAAGCACAAAUCAUUUAUAUCUAUAAUUGUUUCUGUCUUUUUUAUAAACAAACACUUGGAAAUAAUUAAUAAGCUAAUGCCAAGUGAAAAUAUGCUUCAUCCUGGUGACUGUUCAUACUUCAUACUUUGCUCAAUCUGUUAAUUAAAAUUAAUUCUGAAAUAACAUUUCUCUGUUGUGAUCAUGGCCUUUUUUUAUUUUCCGGUAUUAAAUUUGAAAUAAAAGAGGGAUACAAUCUUGACUUGAUCACAGUUCCUGGCAAAAAGCUUUGUCAAUUAACUUUAGUAACAUCAAAACUAUUCCUUCAAUCAAGUUCUUAGCCUUACUGGAAUUUGUAGUGAGACUAAAAGACUCAAUGAUAUACAGUGAAGGUUAUUCCUUCAUGAGGUUCAACAAAAUUAAAGGUGGUUUAAUUGAGCCUGCUGAAUGACUGCACCAUUUUAUAUAGAAAAGAGAGACAAUCGGUCCCCUAAAACCCUGGUAGGACAACCAGAUUAGGUGUUGGCUGGAUUAUAGCAAGGUGUGAUGGGGCCAUGUGACUUCACCACAUUCAUGUGCUAUAUAUUUAGUACCUAUUAAAGUUAAGGAUCCCCGUACCACUACUAAACACUGUAACUAAGUGUAAGAACCAAUUUUUCCUGUAUGAAUAUAGCUUUUAUAAAUCAUUUCUGAAAAGAAAAUCAUACUUUGUGGGACUUUUAUGACAAAAAAAUAAUACAUAAAAGAUGAAGUCUCUGUUGGUAAAAUUUCAUCAUGGCUAGACCAGGAUUGGAACCCGGGACUUCUGAUUGUUAUACUGUCACUCUAACCGACUGAGCUACCCAGUCCAAUGGAAGUGCUCUACAGACAUACAUGUAUCCAAAACCAAAAUAAAGGGGAGGUUACUGUACUGUUUAUACACAGUGCAGUGGGACAGGGAUCCUUAAUGUGUGCCUUUGAUAACACAGAUAUCUGAACAGAUUUGGCUUUAAGUAGAUCACAGUAGAUUAUUUGUCAUUGUUAAGGAAACUUGGUGUAACAUACAGUUUUAGGUCAAUAAAGAAUUUUCCAUGGUUUGCAGACUUUUAAGUACAGAUUUGUGAAUAUGUUCUGUAUCUCUUCUU